AUGACUGCUGCUGCUGCUGCUGCUGCUGUUGCUGCUGUUGCUGCUGCUGCUGCAGCUGCUACUGCUGCUGCUGCUGCUGCUGCUGCUGCUGCUGCUGCUGCUGCUGCUGCUGCUGCUGCUGCUGCUGCUGCUGCUGCUGCUGCUGCUGCUGCUGCUGCUGCUGCUGCUGCUGCUGCUGCUACUGCUGCGCCACACAUCCUUGCCUGA